AUGAGGAGCUUAAACGAGAGCUUCACGAUGCUCUAUGUGGGCCUCAUAGUCGCAGUCUAUCUCAGGCCCGAAUAUGCCAUCAACGGUUCAAGAACCAUCACUAUCAUCCUUCUACUUUCAAUAGUCGCCAUUUCAAAGUUUGUCUACCGCAUGUUCCUUUAUCCUCAAUAUUUCACGCCGUUAAAGGGGAUCCCUGCGCCAUCAGAACGUCAUUGGCUUAAAGGCAACGCUCACUCAAUUCUUAUCGAGACUCCCCAUGAACUUAUAUCACGCUGGGCCAAAUCUAUCCCUCAUGAUGGAUUGCUCCGCUACUAUAUCGUCGGUCAGCUCGAAAGAGUGGUCUUGACUAACCCAAAAGCCAUGAGUGAAGUACUAGUCACCAAGGCUUAUGAUUUUGUUAAACCGAGGAUUGUUCACCAAACCAUGGGCCGCAUCAUCGGCAAUGGUAUCCUUCUAGCGGAAGGUGACGUGCACAAGUCUCAACGGAAGAACCUAAUGCCUGCAUUCGCGUACCGUCACAUAAAAGACCUUUACCCUGUCUUCUGGGAAAAGAGUCGCGAAAUGGCCAAACUAAUGCGACGUGAUUUGGCAGCCAGAGGACCAACAGAAGAUAACGUAAUUCAACUGCGAACCUACGCAAGUCGAACAACACUCGACAUUAUCGGACUAGCUGGAAUGGGUCACGAUUUUGACUCACUAGCAAACCCUGACAACACACUCUACAAAAGCUAUAAGGCACUUUUCACAGACCAGAAUCUAUUAUCUCGAAUUCUCUUCAUGUUUGGCGUGCUAAUUGGUGAUAUGAGACCCAUUCAACGACUCCCUACAAAGCGCAACAAUGUGAUAAACGAGAGCAGAGCAGCUGUCUGCCAGGUUGUGCGACAAAUGAUUCGGGAGAAGAAAGCGAAGAUGGAGGACCCGACCGCAGAUAUCGGCGUUGAUAUCAUAUCAGUCGCCAUGCGAAGCGGCAGCUUCGAAGAAGAUAAUCUCAUCGAUCAAUUGAUGACCUUCCUAGCCGCGGGACACGAAACAACUGCAGGUGCUCUUCAAUGGUGUGUAUAUGCUCUAUGCAAGCACCCUGAAGUCCAAGAUCGCCUACGUGAAGAAGUCCGCUCAAACCUCCCUCCUAUGAAUGUCGAUAAUCCCGAGCCCAUUGAAGCCAGCGCGAUUGAUAACCUCCCUUACCUGAACGCUGUCUGCAACGAGGUUCUUCGCUUCCACCCCUCUGUUCCAAAUACUGUCCGUAUUGCAGCGAAAGAUACCACCGUUUUGGGUCAACAUAUUCCAAAGGGGACAUUCUUUGUCAUUUCAGCAGAACUCCUCAAUCACAUGUCUGAGUUAUGGGGCCCAGAUGCAGAUAAGUUCAACCCGGAUCGAUGGAUGGGUCCGGGUAAUGCCAAAACAGGCGGCGCGAUCAGCAAUUAUGCGUUUUUGACUUUCCUUCAUGGCCCACAUAGCUGUAUUGGACAAAGUUUCUCUAGGGCCGAACUUGCUUGCCUGCUUGCUGCUGUUGUCGGGAGCUUCAAUUUUGAGUUGCAGAACCCAGAUGCAAAAAUAAAGGUUCGUCGCGGGGCGACCGUUUCACCACUAGAUGGUGUUAUGGCUAAACUUACUCCUGUGGACGGCUGGUGA